AUGGCUUCCAAACAGCAGGUCCACAGUUUGACCGAGGAAGCAAUUUGUCCCAUUUGUCUGGAUUUCUUCACCGAUCCGGUUAUACUGGAUUGUGGACACAAUUUCUGCCGCUUCUGUGUCAACCAGAGUUGGGGAAAGAAGGAGAUAAACUCCUGCCCGGAAUGUGGACAAGAGUUUCCGGUAAGACAAAAGGUGAAUUGGGCUUUCGAGAACCUGACGGAGAAAAUUCGAAAAGUAAGCCUGAAUCCACAAGAGAAGGAAAGUAAACGUCUCUGUGAGAAACAUCAGGAAGAACUGAAGCUGUUUUGUGAAACUGACAAGAAAUUGAUCUGUCUGAUUUGUAGAAAUUCCCGGGAACACAAAUCUCACAAUUUCAUGCCGAUUAAAGAAGCUGUUGGAAUCCACAAGGAGGAACUGCGAAGCUUACUGAAGCCAGGCCAGGACAAGAAGAAAGAAUGUGAUGCUGUAAAAAAUGACUAUAAAAGAACAUUAAACCACAUUCAGGACCAAGGUGUAAAGACAGAGAAACAGAUUAAAGCUGAAUUUGAAAAACUUUACCAGUUUUUCCAUGAGGAAGAGAGGAUUGUGUUGGAAGAUCUGAAACUGGAGAAAGAGGAAAAGAGUCAGGAGAUGAAGGAGAGAAUUGAGAAGAUAACGGAGGAAAUCUCAUCACUUUCAGCCAGUGUUCAGCAUAUUGAACAAGAGCUGAGGGAACAGGACAGUACCAAGUUCCUACGGAAAAUUCUGGAAUCUAAGGAAAGAGUGAAGCAAACUCUCCCAGGACCACAGAAGGCUUAUCCUUUAAUAAAUGUGGGCAAGUACAUUGGAUCCCUGCAGUACAGAGUGUGGAAGAAAAUACUGACAGUGAUUAAUACAGUUCCAAUCACCUUGGACCCUAAUACAGCCCAUCCUGACCUUCUCCCGUCUGAGGAUCUGAGCACCGUGAGUUGUAAUGGGAAACAGCAGCAGCUUCCCAGAAAUCCAGAGAGAUUUGUUCGUUGUGUCCAUGUCCUGGUAUCGGAGGGAUUCACAUCAGGCAAACAUUCCUGGGAGGUGGAGGUGGGGAACCAGACAGAGUGGACAGUGGGUGUAGUCAAUGAGUCCAUCAACAGGAAGGAGAUGUUCAGCUUAAUUCCAGGAAAUGGAUGCUGGUCAGUGAAGCUGAAAGAUGGUAAUAAGAACAGGGCUGGUGACACAUCAUCAAAAUGCUCAGAGCCUGGUGUUAACGUGAAAAAGAUUCAAGUCUGUCUGGAUUAUGAGAGAGGAAAGGUGUCCUUUUAUAACUCAGAGAACAAGACCCACAUUUAUACUUUCACUGGGACAUUCACUAAGAAACUCUAUCCCUUCUUCAGUUCUUCACUCGCUGAUGGGGGUAAAAACACAGACUCCUUGAAGAUCUGUCCCCGGACAGUUGCAAUCCAGGAAGGUGAGGGUUUUGUCCCUAUUUUGAAACAAAACAGUUGCAAAGAAGUCCUAAAAAUAUCAAAACAUCACUGAUAAAUACCCAGAAAGUCUAGGAAAAUCUUUUGUAACUUCCAAAGAGGAAUUGGGUAAGUGCUUGAAGAUGAACCAUUUCCAGGGCAAUAGGAGAAAGGAAGUGGGACCAAUUGGAUA